AUGUUCUCUUACAUAAGAUCGUGUUUGCGGAACGUCAAGGCUUCCAAUGAAGUGAUACGAAAAUGUGAAUCAAAUAUCCCGGAAAACGAAACCAGUUAUGAUUCCUUUGCCUUGGCAACAGACAAUUUAACACACGUAGUCUACUACAACAAAUUUUGUGCAGAGUGCAAUGGCAUAAAACAGCCUCAACUGUGGGACGUCAAUGUGACCUGUAAAACCUUUAUGAAAGUGUACACAGCCCGGUCCAUGGACGAGUUCCUGAGACUGGCCUUGGACACAAGGUCCGGCUGCUCCAUCAGGCAGCAGUCUCCCUCUGACCUGGGGCCAGUUUAUUGUAAUCAUGACUGGUUCAAGUCUCCAAUAAUAGACACCUGCAAUGAGUUAGGCCAGUGGCCUGAAGCUGAUGAAGAUGUGGUGGCCGGAUGUACUUACCCGACACCACAGAAUUACAAGUAUACAGUGAUGGCACAUCAGAGAGUCUACAAGAAUAUAUUCUGUGCUCUCUGUAACCAGAAAGACUACUCAACCUCGGCGAUCUGUCCGCAUUACCACCCUCCCUUUCCAGGCGAACCGUCAGCUACCUCCCUGUAUUCAAUCUUGUUCAACCUCCGCGACAAAUCUCCCACCACCCAUCAAACGGUGAUAGGGAAAACUUGUAACACUACACAGUGGGCUAGUCCAGAUGGGUGUGUUCCGGCUUACUGUUCCCCGGGGAAGAUUCUCAUUGAUGGAAACUGUACCACGGCCGUGACCCAGAUAACAAGCUUAGGGUAUAGACUACGGCUGUGGUUUUUCCCGGGAGGGGACAAUGUAACAGAGAUCAGACACACAACAGGUGUGUCGCAGUCAAGAUAUGCUCUGGAUAUGUUCUAUCGUAAGGUGAGUUCUAACCUGAUUCCUUCAGUUGAAUAUGCCAAACUGUCAUAUGGAGUUUUGCUAAACACGUCAACGAUGGAAGCUUUCCUUGAAACAGACAAUGGUACUUCUGAGCCUUCGCCUCCUUCCAGCAGACAUCUGACUAAUCUACAAGAUUACCACUUCCAUGUUCCGUACUUAUACUGGGUAACAGGUGACAUCGUUGCCAACGGUAAGAUUAGUAGAGACUCUUUCGAAAAGACAAUAUAUGACACACUCUUGAAUGCAGAAUUUUAUGCACAUUUUGACGAACAGGUAUCUUUACCUUUCAAGCCUGUACAAAUGUGGCAUGAUUUUGAUAUUGCAACAUACUGUAUGGAUAUUGAAGAGAACAACACAGACAUGACAUGUUUUGAAGACAAAGUCAUACAUUUUGGUUCAAGACCUCGGAAUUUUCUUAGUGUCUAUUCCAGUGUUCUUGACUUAUUUCUAAAUCUUACAAGAAUAUUGACAUGUAAAUUUGUCAGUUUUCCAAGAUCACAAUAUCUUAUUGAGACGGACUACAAACAUCUUCUGCCAAAUGUUGCUAUCAAGCUUAAUUUCGCCACCACGAAAAUAACCAUCGCCAAUAAUUAUGGCUUCAGUAACAUAUCUGUCGAUGCCAAAGGAGAGCUACAAAUUUGCUGCGAUUUUCUCGACGAGCAGAUAACCUUAAUGUCUCGGAUCAGAGAGAAGGCAGGUUUAAUCAAGACAGUUCAGUACUUUCUGACUUUUGUCUGCAUGGGCGUGUCCAUGUUGUGUCUUCUACUGACCAUUGUGACGUAUGCGAGGUUCUCUGUUCUGCGAAGUGUUGCUUGGAGAAACAACUUGUGUCUUUGUCUCAGCUUGUUUCUGGCCCAGGCGUCUUUGCUGGCUAGUUUUUUCACGGAUACCAAGUCUAUCCUGUGCAUCCCCUUGGGAAUGCUGACCCACUUCUUAUGGAUAAACAUGUUUGCGUGGAACUUCCUUUGCUGCUUCUACAUGUACAGAGUUUUUGGCGCCAAGACCCGCAACCUACAGAAAACUCCUCGAUCUCAGAACGUCAGCUUGAUCAAGAAUGUUGCCUUCUCCUUGCUGGCCCCGGCCAUUGUUGUUUCGUCGGUUGUUGUUGGUGCACACGUCACUUCCGGUGGAAGCAGCCUUGGAUACGGUGGCAGCGUCUGUUAUUUGAACGACAGAAUUCUUGUUGCCGCUGCCACAGUUGCCCCAGUGGUUCUAAUCACCAUCGUCAACAUCCUCUUCUUCCUGAUGACCAUCUACAGCAUCCACAGCGUGGCCAGGCUGCAGACGUUCCACACGUCCAAGAAGGAUGACCAGCACAACGUGUACAUCUACGUCAAACUGUCCAGCGUGACAGGGGCGUUCUGGGUCACCUUCAUAGCUGCUGAAAUCUCCGACCUGGACGGGCUGAG